UGCUCUCCAGCUCUGUACACACGUGGGUUCAGCAGCAGCAGCAUGGCGGCUCUCAGCUACGACGGCUGUAAUUUCUUCAGGCAGCGGCUGAUCCUCUCCACCCUGAGCGGCAAGCGGGUGAAGAUCCGCGAAAUCCGGUCCCGGGAGGACGAGCCGGGCCUGCGGGAUUUUGAAGCUAGUUUUAUCAGACUGCUGGACAAAGUGACCAAUGGCACCAGAAUUGAAAUAAACCAAACAGGUACGGUCCUGUUCUACCAGCCUGGUCUGCUGUAUGGUGGUUCUGUAGAGCAUGAGUGUAACCUUCAGAGAUCUAUUGGUUACUAUCUGGAGGGUCUCCUCAUGCUGGCUCCAUUCAUGAAGAACUCCCUUAAAGCCGUCCUGAAAGGAGUCACUAACGACCCAACAGACCCCUCAGUGGAUUUGUUGAAAGCCACUGCUAUUCCUCUAAUGAAGAAGUUUGGUAUCGAUGGGGAAGGUUUGGAAAUAAAGGUGGUAAAGAGAGGAAUCGCCCCUCAUGGAGGAGGAGAGGUGCACUUCUCCUGUCCGGUCCGACGGACACUUAAACCAGUGCUGUUAACCGACCCAGGAAAGAUCAAGAGGAUCAGAGGAACAGCAUACUCUGUGCGUGUGUCUCCUCAGAUGGCCAAUAGAAUAGUGGACUCAGCCAGAAGCAUCUUAAACAAAUUAAUUCCAGAUAUUUAUAUCUACACAGAUCAUAUGAAAGGAGCCAGUUCAGGAAAGUCUCCAGGUUUUGGUCUGGUUCUGGUGGCGGAGACUCUGAAUGGGACGUGUCUCAGUGCAGAACUGUCCUCCACGCCUCAGGGCCGGGGAGACCAGAUGCUUCCUGAGGAGCUCGGCAAGAACUGUGCCAAGCUGCUGCUGGAGGAGAUUUACAGGGGGGGCUGUGUGGAUUCAACCAAUCAGAGCCUGGCUCUUCUGUACAUGACCCUAGGCCAACAGGAUGUGUCCAAAACCCUCCUAGGUCCUCUCUCUCCAUACACGAUCGAGUUCCUCCGACACAUCCGGGACUUCUUCCAGAUCAUGUUCAAGAUCGAGACGCAGACAGCGGACGAGGACCAGCAGAAAGGAGGAGAUAAGGUCCUGAUGACCUGCGUGGGAGCGGGUUACACCAACAUCAGCAAGUCCAUCAAAUAGAGACUCAUCAAACUCUAUCAAACUCCACACCAGCAGAUCAGCGCAACAUUCAGACAAUAUAAAAACACUGAUUAUCUUUAUUCUACAGGUUUAGUUUCUUUCAUUAUUGAUAUUCUGUUUUUUAAAUUUUGUUAUUUUAAAUAUGUUGGUUUUUUGUACAAUGUACAGUUUGUUUUCGAAGAUGCUUCAAAAAGAAACAAAAUAAAUGUAAAAUAUCUUUAA